GCCCAAAGCACUGAUUAGUGUGAGGCUGGCUUAAAUUGCCUGGCACUGCAAUUUUGCCUCCUGUUGGAUUUUCUCUUUUCUGCUCCUAAAGUUGUGGGGCGUCUGUUAGUUUUCAGCAGAGAUUUCCUGAAUGGGCCAAGUUAUCGAGAAAGCAAUUAUUUCAGUGAUUUAAAGCAUGGCAUGUGCAGUGAGAUAAUCCCUUGACUGACGUUGUGUGUCUCCUCCUACUGUGCGUGUGUUUAUAUUGAACUAUGCCAAGCUGAAAAUACCAGCCAGCUUUCAUUAUUAUUGCACUCCUUGUAUUUGACAGCCUCAACUCAGUUUUGUCAAUACUAACACUUCAAGAGAAAGUCAAUCUGCAAAGAUUGGCUGGAGGAAACCUCUUGAACAUCUAGAAGGGCACAGAGUCACCCAAGAGCAAGAAGUCUAAGAUGCCACCACCAGCAUCAUCCCAGGAAUCUGGUCCCCCAGAUGGUGGUUGGGGCUGGGCAGUGGUCGUAGGAGCUUUUGUCGCGAUUGGAUUUUCUUAUGCAUUUCCCAAGGCCAUCACUGUGUUCUUUAAGGAGAUUCAGGAGAUCUUUGACACCUCGUACAGUCAGAUUGCAUGGAUCUCUUCGACAACAUUGGCUGUUAUGUACGCUGGAGGACCUUUGAGCAGCAUCUUAGUAAACAAGUAUGGAUCGCGUCCAGUGAUGAUGUUUGGAGGUUUGCUCUGCUCGAUUGGAAUGAUAGCUGCUUCAUUUUGCAACAGUAUCCUUGGACUCUUUAUGUGUGUAGGCUGCAUUGGAGGCCUAGGAUUGGCAUUCAACCUUCAACCAGCUUUAACUAUGAUUGGAAAGUACUUUUACAAGAAGCGUCCCAUUGCCAAUGGACUGGCUAUGGCUGGUAGCCCAGUGUUCCUGAGCACUUUGGCACCUCUGAAUCAGUACUUAAUUAACGUCUUUGGUUGGCGAGGCAGUUUCUUCAUCCUUGGAGCUAUCCUGUUGAACUGCUGUGUGGCAGGAUCCUUGAUGAGGCCGCUACAACCCAUAAAACCAACUGCUGUAAAAGAGGCACAGUUUUCUGCUCUCAAGAAGGAAGAGGGCAAGGAUUUGGAGGAUGGUCUGUUGCAGAAAAAGAAGAAGAAAUCAACUCUCUUUACUAUAAUUAAUAAUUAUCUAGACCUCACCCUCUUCAAACAUCGGGGAUUUCUGAUCUACUUGUCGGGAAAUGUCAUCAUGUUUUUUGGAUUCUUUGCUCCAAUAGUUUUUUUGGCUCCUUAUGCCAAGCACAUUGGCAUAGAUGAGUAUUCGGCAGCAUUCCUGCUUUCCAUUCUCGCUUUUGUAGAUAUGUUCGCAAGACCCAGCAUGGGCCUACUCGCAAACUCCAGAUGGGUGAGGCCGAAGAUCCAAUAUUUCUUCAGCUUUGCUGUUUUCUACAAUGGCUUCUGCCACGUCAUGUGCUCAUUGGCGAAUGACUUCACAGGCUUGGUUGUCUACACCAUCUUCUUUGGCUUUGCCUUUGGAAUGGUGAGCGCUGUUCUCUUCGAAACGCUGAUGGACUUAGUCGGUGCCAAGAGAUUCUCCAGUGCUGUGGGACUCGUCACCAUCGUAGAGUGUUGUCCGGUACUUCUGGGCCCACCACUGGCAGGAUGGCUGGUGGACAUAACCCAUGACUACAAGUACAUGUACCUAGUGUGUGGAAGCAUUGUGAUAAUAGCAAGCAUCUUCUUAUUCAUUGCGAACGCCAUCAACUAUCGGCUUUUGGAGAAAGAGAAGAAGAUGGAGGAGGAAAAGAGGAAGGCACCAAUCGAUGAUGCAGAACUCAAUGAUAUCUGUGAUAAUGGCACUGAUGAUAUUGAAAUUAAUCCUCAGAUGCUAUUGGGAAUGUCUUCUGAGAAGGAAACUAAUAUUUAAACACUACCCAAUGUUGACCUGAUUUUGCUCUUUGGAUGCACUUGGAUAUGAGUGUCAAAAUUUUCAUUUCACUUCAGAAGGUGGGCCUGUCCACAAGGGUAGGUAUUUUCAGCUGCAUAAGCACUUGCGUCCCUCAUUAAACCUGACGUCCCUACCUUUUGAGUCUCACACAUUACCCCAGCUUAAAGUUCUUUAGGGGGCAUCAAAGAUGAUUCUGCUGCUGCCCUGCACUGUCAAUUAAGUAUGCCACAUUUAUCCAGGCACAAAGGAAUAGUGCAUUUCUGGGGGUUAAAAUAGAGGGAGAUAAAAUCUCCGUCAAUGUAUUCCGUCCAAAUGCUCACCUUUACAGUCUGAUGCGAUGGCAGCUAUUUCAAACCCAUACCGUAAUUGUUGCUGCUCAGCAAAUUUUCAUAGUACAGUAACUCCACAAAAUAAAUGGAGCCAGUAGUGUGUUCCCUAUUGAACUCCAUUUGUUGUUACUAUGCACUAUAUAUUUUUUAAAAAUUUAUAACCAGUCUAGGAUAUCUGUGCUGGGAGCCACACAAAUCAAGAUGUUCAGGCUCAAUAACAGUGCAGAGUCAGGCUGCAGGCAAAAGAGUCAGUAAUGUAUUGUAUACUUCAUUCAGAAGAGGGCACUAGACUAAGAAUAAUUGACAAUAUGUUCCUGUUCCUCCUGCAAAGAUGACCCUUUCUAACCAAGUCUCUAUGGACCUGAAAACAACCUUUCAUUAAGUUUGACUUUCAAGAAAGCUAAUGAAGAGCGCAAAGGCCCUGCCUUUACUGUUCUUUUGUUUUGAGAUUAAAUAGAUUAAAGUCUAGUAAAUGAACUAAAUUGAGCUCUGCCACUCAAAAAAAGAUUUUAACCAGAUAUCAGAGAGAGCUUGAGGGACAGGGGCCCUUAAGCCUAGCUUUUCUAAUCAAUGUUGUUUUAACACUUGUGGUAACCUCUUUAAUUUUAAAAUAAUGCCAAUCAGAAAAUCUAAGCUCAAGUAUUCAACUGAAAAUGAAAUCGAUGUUGAAAUACUCUAGAGUUUAAGGCUCUGAAGUGAAAUGAAUUUUGGCCAAUUCUUAAUGACAGUCAGCAACACAGCACCACACUGCCUGAUAUUUUGGCAUCAAUUGACGCAAUGUCAAACUUUGUCUGAUAAUUGCUCCUGUGAACUGCCUCAAGGCAUUUUUCUACAGUAAAGGGGCUAAACAACUGCAAGUUGUUGGUGCUAUAAAUUGGCAAUCCCACUCCAAAGCCACAGGUUGGCUAGUAUUAAAUGGAUAAAUAGCAUUAGCGCACACCUCUCAGUUUAGCAUGGAAUAUUUUCUUUGGGCAUAGUGCAGUAAAAUGCAAUUAGCUGCACCAUUUCUGAUCUGAAGGUGCUCAUUGAAGACACUGAGGGCCUAAUGCUAAAAUGUUCCAUUACCUCAUGCUCAAAGAUUCUCUUUAUCAUCCACAUAUAAGUCACAAAAGGAAAUCCUCAGCAUUUUCUUAAAGACUUUUGUACGAUAAUCCUACUAAACUAGAUUGGUGCCAUUAGUUCUGAUUUGAACUAAGGUUUUUAGGUUGCAUGUACAAUAUUUCUGUUGUGGUAUUUUCGAGACACCAAGCAGAAUUUUAUGAUGGAACAGUUUUUAUUUUCUAACAAAACCCUAUUAUGAAAUAAGGUUCAGAUUUUAAAUGGAAUAAGGGUGAGGCUUUAGUACAGAGUAAAAACAGCUCAUAUCAUUGUUGGGGUAAAUAAUUGCAAGAGAGACGCUCUCUUGUUGAUUUUCCCUUCUUGUUCUCAGUUAGGGAAUGUCCAUUUGUGGCUCUUCACACAGCAAUACAGCUGGGACUGACCAUAGACAAUUUGAAGAUAACUGGACAGGGUCAUCACACCCUACUAUGUCAUUGCUGACUCCAGUUAGUAUAAUCUUGUGCAUUAAUUUCACUGACAGUGUGGUUAGUUUGGGAAAAGUUCCUAAACUUAGCACUACCUCUUGCCUUCUAUAGUAAGACUGUAACUAGUAACCAGGGAAAUUCUCAAAGUACCUGCAAUAUUUGGAGUGCAAUCACAAGCAGUCUUGUUCUGCUCCUACAAAAUAUAAAGGCAUACACUGUAAGAGUUAACUUAUAGCUGACAGACUGGGCAGGAAACCGGAAGGUUAGUUUCUGCAGUACACCUUGUGGACUUCAAAAAUCAGGUGCUCUGCAAAAAAAACAGUUUUGCGCCCAGAUUCUGUCACUUCUUCAUUCAGCUAGUUAGCUUACAAACGUCCCCAAAUAAUAGUGACCAGAUUUAUUUUCCCACUUUCAACAUGGUUUUCACAUGCAGACGGUGUAUUCAUAUUUUAAGAUGUGAUGGAAAUAGAAAGAAAAUUGACAAUCCGGUCACCUGCUACUGGUAACUAGUAUUACAGCCCUUAGUAUCUUUCCCGAAGUAUUGGGGUUCAUGACCCUUGAUGCUGCACUUGGGUCAAUCAAUUAAAGAAAGAAGUAAGUUCUGGAGGUAAGGCAGUCAUUUUGAGUAAAGAAACUUCCUGAUGUACCUGACAUGGCUGCACAUCAAAGUCCAAAAUGUCCUCUAUUUUCAGUAAACAAUAGCAAGCAUCUUGCUGACUGAAGGGGGAGCUAUGCAGGGCCUUGUGGGGAAGCUUUACUGCCUGUUUGAUGGUGCUUUUGACUCUAGGCCUUGCUCUCUCUGCAAAUGGGAUAUUAGUAUUAAUUCCCCCUGCAGCUCGGAUGAUGUUGAAGACUGAAGAUUGGAGUUUAGUGACCAAAUUCAAUGGGCCAUUUCUGAAAUUACUCUAUUGCGUGUGCUAUGAAACAACCAGCGCAUUGACUUCCCAUGUCUGCUAAAUCAAAUUCAUUUUGUGAAAACAGCUAUUUGCAGCAUAUCAUUCUUUCAUGGUCCUUUCAUUAGUGAGAGAUAACUGGCAAUGAGUUUAACCUGGAGGUCACCAGGUCUCAGAUGAGGUGCAAGACUGAGAAAAUGGCAGCUUUAAAGCUACCUUGGCUGGUAUGGGAACUGAACCUGUGCUUUUGGUGUCACUGUACAUUGCAAACCAUCUAGCCAGCCACUGAGCCCACCCACUUAGGCCCAAUAAAAGAAUUUCAACUGCAACAGAGCUAAAUAUUUCAAGUAUUGGAAAAGUUUAAUAUAGAUAGGCCUACAUGGUAACUUCCUUUGUAGAUAUGUCUUGAAACUUACAAUUGAAUAGGCUACAACAUAUGAAGCUAACUAUUUGAGUAGUAAUAUGUGUUGACUUUAAAAUAACAGCUGAUGUUCCUUUCUAGAAUGAACUAAAAACAAAGUAAAAACAGGGAUGACAUGAUUUUUCCUCCACCUUUAUCAAUAAUUGAGACAAAUGUUGGGUUCAAUAUAAGCAGAGCCAAAUAUGAUUGGUUAUGCAUAAUGUUUGAUCUGUUAAUCCCCAGUAGAAUUUGCGAUGUGACCAAUACAAUGAUGUCAAAAGUUGAAACAAAAUGUCACAAGUCUUCAUUAGCCUAGCAACUCAAGCAGAAUCGCACAAAAGUGAUGCAGAACAAUCAGUUUACUGUGUAAUAGCUAUCCCAAAAGCACAAAUUAAAAUGCAAAUACUCUUUCAACAUCUGUGUGAAUCUUAUGAUUUUAAUGGUUGGAAAUUGCAUUUGUUAUACAUUUGUUAUUUCUUUCCAACAAACUGUCGCUUGAACUGGCAUUGCCCUUUCAGACAGAAGAUAUAAAAUAUUUGCUUGCUCAGAUUAUGCUUAAGGGCUGGCAUGUGACUAACUUGCCAUCCUCAUAAUAGAGAGAGUAAGUUGGAUCCCAUCCCAUUACAUUCCCUGGUAAGCUUCUUGGCAUAUCGCAGACCUCAACAGUAGUUUCCUAGAAAAUCAGAUGCCGAAAACAUAUGGCUCCUAAAGACCAUUGGUUGAAGCCUGUUCUUCGGGGGAAUCCAACAACAAGAAGACAAUGAUGUCCUCUUGCAGGGAGGUGUUCGCAGGAAGAGGGAGUGGUCAGGGGGCAAGGGCAGAGAGGUGACUUUUAAAGGUUAUCCCCUUGCCAUCUUUCCUUUUCUUAUCACUGAUUGCCACUAGAUUGAGGCAUCUAGAGAUCCCUCCCAAAUCCUCCCCCACCCCACAAAGUCAUCAGUCAAGAAACCUGCCAGGGAGAUAGAUAAUCAGGGAGUUGUUGUUUGAGGCCCUUAAGUGGUCACUAGUUGACCACUUAAAGGGUCUUUAUUGCUGGCGACUUGACAAACUCUCUAAUGGAUCUUCUCACCCAGUACUUAAUUGGUUAGAUAGCAAGAGGUAGGCCACUACCACUCAAAGGCUAAUUAUUUUCUCUUCUUGUCACCUCUCUCACCAUCUGCAGAGAGGGAUGAAUUGUGCCCUAAAUGUGCAGUUUAUUGUCAUCUCCGUGACAAACUGCAGAGGUUGCAUAGUGUAUCUGUUGUGUGUUAUUUGUGACUUGGAGGAGCCGAUGUUGGACUGGGGUGGACAAAGUUAAAAAUCACACACCAGGUUAUAGUCCAACAGGUUGUUUUUUAACUAUUAUUUAGUCCAGUACAACAGGAUUUUUGAUUGAUAUCUGCACUGUCUCUUUCCACUCAAAGUAAAGCCAAGAAAAUGAGGUCAAAAUGACCAAAGGCAGAUCAGAGAAGGCCAACACUAUAAAAAUAUAUUUCUGUUUUCUGAAAAGUAAAUCAUUAUGGCACUAAGAUCAAAUGGAAACCAAGCUCCCUGCAGGGAGUGCCUGCCUGUAACUGGGUCAAUUGGUUAUGCCUUGUAGAGGGGGCGAACUAAUUUCCCUUUGUGAAUGUGGAAGAUAUUGUGAUUGAAAAGAGAGCUAUGUGAUUAAAAAGAAGCAAGUUAGAGGAUGAGAAGUCGCUUAUCGAGGCUGGGGAGCACAUUGCUGGAGUUAGUGAUUAAAGCAGAGACUAUCGUGUCAACAUUUAGGAAUGGAUUUAUUUGAUUGUUGAAGGAAAAGUGAAUAAAAGAGACUGAGGCAGGAAGGACAAAUCAGAUAAGGACAACUGAGCAUGUGUAGACUGAAUACCAAUGUGACCUGGUUUGACCUCAUUUGUUUCUUGGGAUUUCUAUCCUAAUUCUAAAGGUGGUUCAAAACAUACUUAUCUUCUGUAUCUUUAGCAGUCAAUUUAGAGAACCAUUGGUCUCAAAAGACUGACUCAGGCUGUCCAAUUUACAAAAGGAAAGGUGAUUUCUUUCUCUGUACCUUCACAAGGAAUUACCAGUUUCUCAGGAUGCUUAAGAAUAAGCAAUAAAUGCAGCCUCUCCAGCAACUCCCACUUCCCAAGAGCAAUUCUUCUCUGAGUGAAUAACUUUGAGCACUGUACUGGAGCUGUAAUUAGUUUUUCACACCAACAGCACCUUAAAUCUUAACAUCCACGCCCAUCUGCAGACUCAUGCCUGUGAGGAAGAGAACAGAGCCCUGUAUCUCUGUGUACAGCUACAGGAAUGAAUUGUUGUACAUAGUGAAUUGAGAGACAAUUUGUUCAAUAACCAGCCUUCCAAAUAACAACAUGAGCUGUGUUUAUGAAAAUACUAACAUUCUGUGCUUCCCUUCUGAGAAAAUGAAAAGCUGCUGUCAAGCAAUCUUUGUAAAUAUUGGUUUGUGGCUCAGAGACGUUAUUACAAUGUAUGUAAUACUUUCCUCCAAAGUCUCUACAAACAGGUGUGUGUUUGUGUGCGCGUGUGUGCUUUUGUGUACUUGUGCGCGUGUGUGUCUGUGUGAGAAAACUACAUUAUUGUGCCCAUUCAUACCUAAAGAUAUUACUUAUAUUUUUAUGAGUCCAACAUUUUUUUUUAAACAAUUCCAUAAAAUCCUUCUUACUAAAUUCUUUGAACCUGCCUCCCCAAGAUGACUCUUUCAAAGUUAUUAUAAUUCCAUCUUUAAGUGUAAGGAGACUUGUAAGAUUAGUGUAUGAAUUUAUGACAGAUUCCACUGUUGCGCUCUUGAGUUUAAACACUUCCUGUACAGCAAAAGCAGUGAUGUGUGUUUUGAGAGUAGCUUAACUUUAAGGAGUUGGAUGAAUUGGAUUUCUUCCAGCUGUCCUGUAAUAACUUGCAAGAGCAACAAUCCCUUUAUAUCUCUCUGGUCACUCAGCGGCUCAACUCAGGUUGGGAUGAGGCUCAGACCAUAGAAUAAAUGACAUAGAAAUUGGAUGUAGAUAACUAUGAGGGCCAGUUAUCGGUAUCCCACAUCAGGAUAAACUGGGAGGCCCUUCAGGACAAAAAAGUGCCAAUUCACAUUGUCAAACUGUACGUACAAGUUCCCUCAGGGGCAUAUGAAGGUGUUAUGAAUAUUAUAGAUGGUUAUGCUAUCCUCAGGUUAGGGUUGACUCCCAUUGUCAACCUAACACAUGAGAAAAUAAGGGUCUUUUCUGCUUCUGUUCUCUUUGAGAUCUUGGGGUUCAAUGUUGGGGAAACAGUUCAAUUCUGAUGAAGAGUCAACUCAACUCGAAAUGUUAGCUUGCUCUCCCUCCACAGAUGCUGCCUGACCUGCUGUGACUUCCAGCAUUGUUUAUGUUUUCAGUACAGAUUCCAGCAUUUGCUCCUACAAUUCCCUGUAUUAUUGUCACUCACGUUACCUUCACAUAAACAACAUAUAACAAAUAUUGAUGGCACUCCAUUGACAUAGUCUGUACAUUUCAUUCAUUCUACCAAUAGAAAAACCAGCAUUAAAGAUUUGGAGUUGGUUGUAAGAAACUGAAUAGACUUGCGCACUUUUCAAACAGUGAAUGGAAUAUCUAGCACUGGAAGGCUAUUGUUAUUUAUUUAAAACUAUUGAUAUUAAUGUUUAAUUUAAGUACGUUCACAAAAUUGUUCUUCUGGAACAAAUUUAUAGCAACUGUUCUAGUGACAAAUGGAAGCCUGACAUUGUUAUCGUUGUUUUGCAUGGGUGAACUCAAUGUAGUGCUCAAUGCUUCAAACAGAAUCACAAAUAUUUUUUAUCAUUUUUAUUGUGGUACAACAAAUCUGUUAUUUUGAAGAUUUCCUUUCUUUUGGCUGUGCCAUGAAGGACGGUGUCAUGAACAGUUUCGAUAAAUCCAGAAGCCAUUUUUGUCCCUGGUAUUUUUAGCUAUAUAUCUAUUAAUAGUUUGUAAAGAUUUAAUUAAUGUUUAAAAUUCCUUCCACUACUUUUUAUUCUAAAUGCAAUAAUUUGAUGGUGUAGCAUUGUGAAUCAGUUGCUAAAUGUUCUCAUGUUAAGUGGCAAAACCACUUACAAAUAUCAAUUGAAACUCAUGUAUCUGUAGUUAAAACUGCACUUGAUUAGUGGUUGGUCUUUAUAUAACAACCAUUUCUGUGGGACCAGUCUUGUAUAUACUUAUGUAACAUAGAGCCUAUAAACAAGAAAGAAUUAACAAAGACUUUUGAGUCAAAUGGAUAGACUUGAGAGUAUUUCCUAAGGGAGUUAUCGUAAUCACUCCUGCCAUUUCAGAAGCCUGGUGGGAAGACUGGGAGAGACGGUGGAAAAUUCUAUUCACACUGUUUCUCUGGGAUCUUAGCCACCUUAUGCUGAAAUGAGGAGAGAAGAUUGGGAAAACCCCCACAGCGAUUUUAUUCCAAAGUCCAUUCCUUGUAGCAGUGACAGGGAAACAAUCAGAAAGCCUGGUCUUCCUGAAUAAAUUGAUCUUGGUGCUUCUAGAGUACAAAGCAGAACUGACACUAGUAUUGUCAUCUGCAAUCCACCUUUCUACCUGGCAUCAGUCUAUCUGCUGGGACUAGGAAUGUUGUGAUAUCUAUUUAUUUGUGAAAGCUAGCCGUGAAUAUUUGGUUUAUUGAUUAGUCUAGAUACCUAAACUAGAUUUAAUAGGAAUCCUUAAGAGUUGGCUGACCCAUGUGUGUUACUAGGUUUCCAAUGACAAUACUCAAAGUAAAUUUAUCUUAAUCCAUGUUUUGAUAUUGGAGGGAUAAUUUCCUGACUUCCCCUCACCAGCAGUCAGUAUUAGAAACACAGCUAAUGACUCGGACAGAACAUUGUGUGAGGCCACAGUAAAGGUACUUGCCCAAUGAGGAGCUAUUGAGGAAAUAAAAGUUAAGGGGCCACAGUAAGGGGUAAAGUCGCCAUAUUCUGACCAGACCAGAAGGCUGCUUUCUCAUUGAAGAGAGACAACUGAUAGUGGUUUAAGCAUGCCUCCUUCGAGUAGAGAGAUUGAGAAGGCAAGUAUACAAAUUGGAAGGCAAGUGAUUAAGAACUCAAGGCAUGAGAAACCGCAUUGUGCAUGUGAGAUGUGAGGCUGUGAGAGUCACUUCUGAGUCUGUUGGUCAAGGUGUAAACUCUGACACUCAUUCAUAAUCCGUGUGACAGCUGAAAAAGAAAGGGGGUGGAAGGAAUGUGCUAAAGGAUAGACAAAUGCUGUCAUGUAACAGGACAAAGUGAGGACACUUUUUGACGCAGUCAGGUAACAGCCAGUUUAGCAUGGCUGGUUUCUGAGUUGGAACUUUGUGUUUCUAAGGUAUCCCCUGCCAGGAACAUGAAGUCAGGAAAUUAGCCCUAAAGUGUUGCUAUAAACCUGUUAAGAAAAGAUCAAAUUAAAUGUAAUUUCUUGUUGAAAUAAAUCAUAAUCCAGACAUAUUUUGUGGCCCUUAUGUUCUCUGUCUUCUGAAACUAUCUCAGUGAAAUAGAUUAUGCUGAAAUAAUAAUUAUCUAUAUUUUAUAUAUAUAUAUAAUAUAUAUAUGUAUAUAUAUAUAAAGGGUGGUAAUAAAAUGUUCCUUGCCAACAUGCUGCAACCUGUAAGUGGAUAACAAGAAUACUGGGCAGUAUGUUAAUGAGAAAGCCAAACCAUGAAUGAUCUGCUAUUGCAGGCAGUCAGCUCUUUGACUCUCUCUGAAGUUCAUGGGAAUCGUGUCUCCUGCUCCAGAACUGGCUUUUGAUGUGGACUCUCUCAAUAUUGAGAGGUUUAGUGGAUUCCACCUGUGCAGGAAUGAAAGAAAGAACAGUAAAUGCCCUGCACAAGCUGUUCCCUCUGUCAAAUCACUGAGUGACAGGGUUGUCAAUUCAUGAGAAACCCGACAGAUCAGAUGGGACACAUGAUGGCAAAUGUGCAGCAAAGGUUGGCGAAGAAGGACACACUAAAAGCCAUAACAUGCAUCUAUUUGUAAAGUAACUUUUUUUUAUAGUUUAGUAAAGUGUUAAUGCAGUGGCUCUGUCCCAAAGGCUGUACUUUAUAAAUUAUAUUAGAUGAUCAGGCUGCACUGGCCAUUUCCUUUCAGUAUAACCUUAAAAUGAAUUUAUUCAGUGCAAAUGUACAAUCUCCAAAUACGAAGCCAUUUCUGGCUCUAGAUGUUUUAUUUCUGGAGUUCUUUGUGCAGCCUUUUUUUAGAAAAAGAAUAUUGUACUUCCUUUCUAUAAUUUGGUAUUUAGCAAUACUCUUGGAUAUGAAAUAUAUACCAGAUCUUGAGAAGAACUGAAAAUGUAAUUUAAUAAGUGGGGAAAACUGUGCACUCACAAGAGCAAACUGAUCUGUAUUUCUUUAUGAUUUUCAAUGUUUUAUGUAUCAUUUAUAUUACUGUAAGCUUUUAUCAUUAUACUUAGUUUUAUUUUUGUGCAUUGGAUGAAACAUUAUUUGGUUUUCUAUAUUAAAACAAUAUCAUCGAUUGUCUUUCAGUUAUAAAUCAUUUUAGCUCAGGGGCAUCUUGAACAACAUGUAAGAAUAUUCCUGUUAUUUACAAAAUCUAAUAUUUUAAUAAAUAUUUUGAUUUUCUGA